UCCAAAUUCUUGCACAUUUUGGUAUGAAAUCUGCCCACCAAAUGUCCUAGCAACUUGUUAAAAAUACAUUCUUUUAUUUAUUGUCUUUUCGAUCCUGUUCCUGCAUCAAAAUCCCAAGUAGGCCCUCAGAAGAACGCAUCAAACUGGAAGAACCACUUUGUUUCCGGUCUUUGAAAGAAGAAUCUUCCCAUCUAGCUCAAUUAGCCCUCUUUCUUAGUGUAAGCCAUGAUCACUGGUACGGGGCUUUACAAUAUAUUUGCGGCCAUUGUGCCCUUAUAUUUUGCUAUGCUAUUAGGUUUUGCCUCGGUUAAGUGGUGGAAAAUAUUCACACCGGAGCAGUGCACAGGCAUCAACCGCGUUGUGGCGUUGUUUGCGGUUCCAUUACUUUGUUUCCACAUUGUUGCCACCAACAACCCUUAUAUCAUGAACUUUCGGUUCAUCGCUGGAGACUCUCUUCAAAAAGUGGUCAUUCUUGUAGCUCUCUUUCUAUGGCAAGCUUUGAGCAAAAAGGGCAGCAUUGAAUGGACCAUCACCAUGUACUCACUCUCCACCCUCCCUAACAAUCUCUUCAUAGGAAUACCUCUCAUGACAGCCAUGUACGGAGAGAUCUCUAGAAGUCUUAUGGUCCAGGUUGUGGUUCUUCAGGCUAUUGUUUGGUAUAAUAUCUCGCUCUGCUUGUUUGAGAUCAGAGCUGCAAAGGUCCUCAUUGCUGAGCAGUUUCCUGAGACUGCAAGUUCCAUCGCCUCCUUCAAGGUUGAGUCCGACCUUAUUUCGCUCAGUGGUCAAGACCCAAUAGAGGCGGAGACUGAGAUCAGUGACGACGGAAAGCUUCACGUGGUUUUGAGACGAUCUUCGAUUAAUAGGUCCGUUGGAAUGUAUUCCCGUUCCAGCGUGGGUUCCCUUACCCAAAGACCGCAAGCAUCAAACCCAGUCAAUAGUGUAGAGAUUUACUCAGUACAAUCUACUCCACAAGAACCCUACCGUUCAAUUUCAAGAAAUUCAAGCUUUAGCCAAACAGAUGGGAAUUUUCUGCACCCUAUGUUUGGAUACAUGGAGUCAAUUCCAAAACAUGGUUACACAAGGACCCGUGAUCGAUUUUCACCUUACGCAUCACCAGAUCAUCUGAUGCUUUUAGGGUCUACGCCUAGCAGUAAUUAUCGAAAGAUGAAACAUAGUUUCAGUGUUGGUGGUGGUGUUGGUGUUGGUGUUGGUGGUGGUGAAGUUCCUAAUAACAAGCAGGGGCUUCACAUGUUUGUUUGGAGCACAAGUUCUUCACCAGUUUAUGAUGUGCAUAACAAUGGCAGACAUGCUUUCAGCACUACUAGUACUGCUCUUAAACAUGAUUCCACUACGCCAGGAGGGAAAAUCACCAGGGAUAGGGAGCUUGAUCUAGAGGAAGAGGCUAACUUCAAGGCAAGUAGGUUUCACAGGAAACAACUUCAGAUGCCGCCCACAAGUGUCAUAACUAGGCUUGUAUUCAUCAUGGUUUGGAGGAAGCUUAUAAGAAACCCUAGUACCUACGCAAGUGUUUUGGGUCUUAUAUGGUCCUUAAUAGCAUUCAGGUGUCACAUUAAAUUGCCAACAAUCAUAGAUGGAUCCAUAACAAUGAUAUCGAGCGCAGGCAUGGGAAUGGCUCAAUUCAGUUUAGGUCUAUUCAUGGCUUUACAGCCAAAGUUCAUUGCUAGUGGAAAACCCAUGGCAGCGUUUACAAUGGUUGUUAGGUUCUUGAUCGGCCCUGGAGUAAUUGCGGCAACCUCUUUAGCUGUUGGUCUUCGUGGAGUUCUUUUGCAAAUUGUAAUUGUUCAGGCUGCUCUUCCCUUAGCAAUUGUUCCCUUUGUGUAUGCUAAGGAGUACGAUGUUCAUCCAGACAUAAUUAGCACUGCGGUUAUUUUUGGAUUGAUCCUUGCCGUGCCCGUUACAAUUAUUUACUAUGUACUUCUUGGGCUUUGAGUUCUGGUUAAAUGUAAAUCCAAGUUAGGCUGAGGAGGAUGGACACCAUCUGAUUUGAUUUCUCAUUGUUGGACUCUACGUAUUUGAUUACUUUUGCUAUCUUACCCAGUUAUAUGAAUCAAAAAGUCUGUUACUAAACAAAUUUUCACUGACCUUUUCACAUAAUUCUUUUCCUUUUGUUUUGUGGUGAA